GUUCAGUAAUGUCAUCAGAGCACAUACCCGACUUGAAUCAAGGUACAGUAAUAGCUCCGGAGGAUCUUACGAUGAUGACAAAAAUGAUCCUGUUUCUCCAUAUACAAGCUGGUUAUUGAAUAUUGUUGAAACCAAACAGCCACAUCCCCUACCCAUGCCUUACAAUGGAGGAUGUUGGGCACCACUUGUGGACUACCUGCCAGAAACCAUCACGCCCCGGGGACCCCUUCAUAGGUGCAAUAUUGCUGUCAUCUUCAUGACUGAGAUGGUAGUGGAUCACAGUGUGCGAGAAGACUGGGCUCUUCACCUCCCUUUAUUGCUACAUGCUCUCUUUUUAGGCCUUGACCAUUACCGCCCUGAGGUCUUUGAACACAGUAAAAAGUUACUGCUUCACCUUUUGAUUGCAUUAUCUUGCAAUGGCAACUAUCAAGCCAUUGCAUCAGUGCUUCUUCAGACCAGAGAGAUGAAUGAGACCAAGACUCUGACAGUACAACCAGCAUACUUACCUGAAUAUCUUUAUACAGGUGGCUUUGACUUUCUGCGGGAAUACCAGUCAUCUCCGGUGCCAGACUCCGGCUUGAGCUCCAGCUCCACCUCCUCCAGUAUCAGUCUGGGAGGCAGCAGUGGAAAUCUCCCACAGAUUACACAGGAGGUUGAGGACAUGGACACUGCUGCUGAAACAGAUGAGAAAGCAAACAAAUUAAUUGAGUUUCUGACAACCAGGGCAUUUGGUCCACUUUGGUGCCAUGAAGAUAUCACGCCCAAGAACCAGAACACCAAGAGUGCUGAACAGCUUACUAAUUUUCUGCGUCAUGUUGUAUCUGUAUUUAAAGAUUCCAAAUCAGGUUUUCAUUUGGAGCAGCAUCUGAGUGAAGUUGCUUUACAAACAGCUCUUUCAAGCUCUUCGAGACAUUACGCAGGUCGCUCUUUCCAGAUAUUCAGGGCCCUAAAGCAGCCCCUGUCUGCACAUGCAUUGUCUGACCUCCUGUCAAGAUUGGUGGAAGUUAUUGGGGAGCAUGGAGAUGAGAUUCAGGGGUAUGUAAUGGAGGCACUGCUUACUUUGGAAGCUGCUGUGGAUAAUCUGUCUGACUGUUUGAAGAACAGUGAUCUUCUGACGGUUUUAUCACGCUCGUCUUCGCCGGAUUUAACAUCAAGCACCAAACUGACUGCAAACAGGAAGAGCACAGGACAGCUGAACGUGAACCCUGCGAGCGGUAACACAGCCACCGCUGAACGAAGCAGGCACCAGAGGAGCUUCUCUGUACCCAAAAAGUUUGGAGAUGUGGACAAGUCCUCAGACCCGCCGCGCAGUGCCACGCUAGACAGAAUUCAGGCGUGCACCCAACAAGGCCUGUCCUCUAAAACCCGAAGUUCAUCUUCUCUAAAGGACAGUCUCAUUGACCCAUCCCAUAUUAACAAUCCAACCAACCUACUGGCCACCAUCUUCUGGGUUGCUGUGGCUUUGAUGGAAUCGGAUUUUGAGUUUGAGUAUCUGAUGGCAUUGCGGUUACUGAAUAAACUUCUGGCUCAUUUGCCACUAGAUAAAGCUGAAAACCGGGAGAAGUUGGAGAAGUUGCAAGGACAGCUGAAGUGGGCAGACUUCUCUGGCCUUCAGCAGCUACUCCUGAAAGGAUUCACCUCCCUUACUACCACUGAUCUCACGCUACAGCUCUUCAGUUUGCUGACACCAGUGUCUCGAAUAUCCAUGGUGGAUUCCUCUCAAGCUAUAGGUUUUCCACUGAAUGUUUUGUGUCUCCUGCCCCACUUAAUUCAGCAUUUUGACAGCCCAAACCAGUUUUGUAAAGAUAUAGCUGAAAGAAUUGCUCAGGUUUGUUUGGAGGAGAAGAACCCCAAACUAUCAAAUCUCGCCCAUGUCAUGACCCUUUAUAAAACACACAGCUAUACGAGGGACUGUGCUACCUGGGUGAAUGUGGUUUGCCGUUACCUUCAUGAAGCAUUUGCUGAUAUUACUUUGAGUAUGGUCACCUAUUUGGCUGAGCUACUAGAAAAAGGCCUUCCUAGUAUGCAACAGUCCCUCUUACAGAUGAUCUACAGUCUUCUUAGUUAUAUGGACCUGUCAGCUAUUCCUGUGAAACAGUUUAACAUGGAAGUGCUAAAAACAAUUGAAAAAUAUGUACAGAGCAUUCACUGGAGAGAAGCCUUGAAUAUCCUGAAGUUGGUAGUUUCUCGUUCUGCUAGUUUAGUUCUGCCAUCCUAUCAACACAGCGAUCUUUCCAAAAUGGAAAUACAUCGAGUGUGGAACAGUGCCUCCAAGGAGCUACCAGGGAAGACUUUAGAGUUUCAUUUUGAUAUUUCAGAGACUCCAAUUAUUGGGAGACGGUAUGAUGAGCUGCAGAGUUCUUCUGGACGAGAUGGGAAACCCAGGGCAGUGGCUGUCACCAGAAGCACUUCUUCAACCUCAUCAGGAUCUAACUCCAAUGUCCUUGUUCCUGUGAGCUGGAAGAGACCCCAGUACUCUCAGAAAAGGACAAAGGAAAAGCUGGUGCAUGUCCUUUCUCUGUGUGGUCAGGAAGUUGGGCUGAGUAAAAACCCUUCAGUAAUUUUUUCCUCCUGUGGUGAUUUGGAUCUGAUUGAGCACCAGACGAGCUUGGUGUCUUCAGAAGACGGAACAAGGGAGCAGGAGAACAUGGAUGAUUCCAACAGUGAACAACAAUUCAGAGUCUUUAGGGACUUUGAUUUCCUAGAUGUUGAGCUGGAAGAUGGGGAGGAACUUCAGGGUGAGAGCAUGGACAACUUCAACUGGGGAGUACGCAGACGGUCCCUGGAUAGCCUGGACAAGUGUGACAUGCAGCUGCUGGAGGAGAGCCAGCUUUCGGGGAGCACGCCCAGCCUGAACAAAAUCAACCACGAGGACUCCGAUGAGUCAUCCGAGGAGGAGGACCUGACCACCAGCCAAAUCUUGGAGAACUCAGAGCUAGACACAAAUCAUAUUGACUCACUUUCUGCAUCGUGUGACACAACCUCAGCAGACCCUCAUCAUUUUAAUAUAGGAACGUCUAGCUUCGAUGUGUCUUUGCCUGAUAUGAAUAAUCUCCAAGUGUCUGAAGGUUCCAAGGUUGAGGCUGCACCUGAAGAACAAGAUACGGCAGUCCAUGAGGAUGACCUUUCGGGAUCUACAAAUGAACUCCCUGGAGCAUUUGAAUGCAGUGAUAGCCUUAGCCUGGACAUGACAGAGACUGAAGAGAAAGUUGACAGGCUGGAGCAAUUUGCUCUUGCUAGUUUUGCAGAUGUUGAUAGAAAUGCCUCCCCUCCUCCCUCGCCAUUUUUUUCUGCCAUCCUUGCUGCGUUUCAGCCGGCAGCAUGUGAUGAUGCAGAAGAAGCCUGGCGUAGUCAUAUCAACCAGCUCAUGUGCGACUCCGAUGGUUCCUGUGCAGUUUAUACAUUUCAUGUGUUCUCUUCCCUGUUUAAGAAUAUUCAGAAAAGAUUCUGCUUCCUAACCUGCGAUGCAGCGAGUUACUUGGGGGACAACCUGCGAGGAAUAGGCUCCAAGUUCGUGAGGUCUUCUCAGAUGUUAACGUCAUGUUCAGAAUGUCCCACCCUUUUUGUAGAUGCAGAAACACUGCUGUCAUGUGGCCUUCUUGAAAAGCUGAAGUUCAGUGUUUUAGAACUGCAGGAGUACCUGGACACAUACAACAACAGGAAAGAGGCCACGCUCUCGUGGCUUGCGAACUGCAAAGCAACAUUUGCUGGGGGCUCACGAGAUGGAGUAAUUACCUGCCAGCCAGGGGACUCAGAAGAGAAG